GAAGUCGGCCUCUCCCGGCCCUGCCUCCCAGCAAGUAAGCAAGCUCUUUUGGCUCAACUCCUGCCCAGCUCCCAACUGCCUUUGUAGGCCCCGAACUUUCUCCAGCCAAGCUCUGAGGGCCCACUUCCUGCCACCUGGUGGCCUGUACGGGCCUAGCACUGUUUGGAGAACAGCCUCUGCAGGCCCCGCCCUUGCCUCCCAGGGGCCUCUCCAGGCCCAGCUCUUGCCGCCACGGCGGCCUCCUGGGGCCAAGUCCCUGCCUGCCUCCCAGCAGCCCACGUGCGGCCCAGCUCCUCCCUCACGGUGGCCUAUUGAUGCCCAACUCAUGCCUCUGGCACCCUGCCCAGAGGCGUGAGCCCCUGCCUCACACUGGCUCCUCCCACGCUGAGAGAGGUCAGUGUGAGCCCUUGCCUCACACCGGCCCCUCCCACGCUGAGAGAGGACAGCGUGAGCCCCUUGCCUCACACGGGCCCCUCCCACGCUGACAUGUCCGCGGGAGCCCUUGCCUCACACCGGCCCCUCCCACGCUGACAGAGGUCAGCAUGAGCCCCUUGCCUCACACCGGCCCCUCCCACGCUGAGAGAGGUCAGCCUGAGCCCUUGCCUCACACCGGCCCCUCCCACGAGGACAGAGGUCAGCGUGAGCCCCUUGCCUCACACCGGCCCCUCCCACGCUGACAGAGGUCAGCCUGAGCCCCUGCCUCAACAGGCCACCGUGAGGGAGGGGCAGGGUCGCACGCGGGCUGCUGGGAGGUAGGCAGGGACUUGGGCCCGGGAGGUCGCGAUGGGGCGAGAGCUGGGCCUGGAGACUCCCCUGGGAGGCAACAGUGGGGGUCUGCAGACGCCCUUCUCCCGCUGGAGCUGGGACUGUUCAGUCACUGGGAGAAGGGAUGUGGGUCUGAAGAGCUUGGUUGCAGAAACUUCGGGGUCUACAAACGCAGGCGGGAGCUGAGCCAAAAGAGCUUGUUUGCUGGGAGGUGGGAGAUGCAGCCAGGAGGAACAGCUGGGCCAUGCGGGAGGCGGAGGCCAGGCCUCCUCAAGUUGGCCUCUCAGACCCACUUGCAGCCUCCCGGCGUCCUCUCCGGGCCCAGCUCUUCCUCCCGGCUGCAUCUCCAGGCCGGACUCUGGGCCGACUCCAGGUCCCAACAACGUCUCAGGCCUCAUGGUGGCCUCUCCAGGCUCAGCUCCUGCCCUCCGAUGGCAUCUGCAGGCCCCAAACGGCCUCCGGUCGGUGGGCUCCUCUAGGCCCAGCUUGGGCCUCCCGGCGGCCUCUGCAGGCCCAAGUCGUCCUCAAGUCGGCCUGGAAGUGGGCCUGGAAGAGCAGCAAGUCGGCCUCCCCGGGCCCAGCUCCGUCCUCUCGGCGGCCUCUCCAGGUGCAAAACUUCCUUGAGUCAGCCUCUCCAGGCCCAGCUCCUUCUGCCUCCCAGUGGCCUCUUUCGGCCCAGCCCAGCUCAUGGCUGUCGGCGGCCUUCCCAGGCCCCGCUUUUGACUUUUGGCAGCCUCUUCAGGCGCAGAACUUGAUCUCCAGUCGGCCUUUGCAGGCCCGGCCUCCUGACUCUCAAAGGCCUGCACGGGCCUGGCCUCGGCCUCGGCCUCACUGCGGACUCUCCACGCCCAGCUAGCUCUCACCUCACUGCGGCCUCCCCAGUCCAAAGCUCCUGCCUUUCGGCUACUUCGGCAGGUCCAGCUACUGCCUGCCAGUGGCCUCUUUAGGCCCAGCUCAUUCCUCACAACGGCCUUUCCAGGCCCCGUUUUUCCCUUCCGGCAGCCUCUUGGCCUCUAAUUUGUUUAUCUUUUGUGUAUAAAUCCCAAAAUAUUGAAUUUUGGAAUAUUUCCACCGUUAUAUAUUUUGGUAGGUAAUUUAUUUGGAGUGAGUUUCUGCACCAUGCCCGAAUUUUUUAUUUUAUUUUCCUUAUUAUUUGGUGUUAAACAGGUUUAAUGACGGUCAUGGCAACUUUUUGGCACAAUGAAAAAUAUCGGCCAUGAUCAACGUGUUCUGUUCUGGGGAAGGGGGCAAAGGCAGGGUGAAUCACUUUCUUAAAAAGUAUAGCUCAAGUUGGGAGUGCAGAGGGAAUGGGGAGAAAACCCUCCUGCUGCCUGUGUCGAAGUGCAGGAGCCCCCACCCCCAUACUCACCUGAGUCCAGCCCCUCUGGGGAAAGAAGGGGUGCAUGAACUCCCCCUAGUCCACAGGCGCCUCCCUGUGGCCCAAGGCCCUCUUCACACUCCAUCUUGUAGCCCAGCAGGAGCUAUUUUCCAAAAAGUGAAAAGCUCUGAAGGUCCCACAAUUCAUGGUAUGUACAGGGGCUUGGAGGAGGGAAACUGCCCAGCUUUCCCCCGGCACAGCUGCAGGGAUAGGGGGUAUAGAUAAGAGGAGCAGGCCUUGGCCAGGCGUGGUGGCUCACGACUGUAAUCCCAGCACUUUGGGAGGGGGAGGCAGGCAGAUCACGAUGUCAGGGGAUCGAAAUCAGCCUGGCCAAGAUGAUGAAGCCCCGUCUGUACUAAAAAUACAAAAAUUAGCCGGACGUGGUAGCGUGCACCUGUAAUCCUAGCUACCCGGAAGGCUGAGGCAGGAGAAUGGCGUGAACCCGGUGGGAAGAGGUUGCAGUGAGCCAAGAUCGCACCACUGCACUCCAGCGUGGGCGACAGAGCAAGACUCGGUCUCAAAAAAAAAAAAAAAAAAAAAGAGGCAGGCCUUACUCCGUCCCAAACUGAAAGGAUUAAAUGGCUUUACCUGGGAGAAGAUAACCAUCCUGCCCUCCAUUGCUACCCCCACAUACUGUCCAUGUUCUCAGGGGGUACUGUGAGUCCUGGGAUCUUUGGGGUUGCCCACCUGCCUGUGGUAGUUAUGGAGACCCCCCAGGUGUUGAGGCAGGGCUGGGGUGUCCCCUUCCAACCAGGCUGUCAAGGCCCCAACUCUGGGGCAGAGGCAGUGGCAGGGCAGCCAGGGUUGCGCCAGAGCCUGAGCAGGUUGAGGUGGGGUCAGGCAGGGCUGGGAGUCAGGGCAGGGGCAGCAGCAGUGGACCUGCUAUGCACACAUCAUCUUCUCCAAGGUUUGUGUGCAGAACAUCCUGCCCAUGCUGCCCCAGCAGCUUCAGUUGGCACCUGCCCCAGUCCAGCCUCUGGGAACCAUGCAGCAGCUCCCAGCGGCCCUGCACCCACCACCAGCAUCCGUUUCACCUGCAGUUGAAGAUCCGUGAGGUGCCCAGAAGAUCUUGCAGUCAUCAGUCCCACGGAGCAGCGCGCGAGGCUGAGGCUCCUCCCACUGGACCGCCCCCCAACUGGCACCACUGCUGCCCCUGCCCCUACUCUCAGCCUCACGUGACUCUCGGGCAGAGGCAGUGGUGGGGUAGCCAGGGCAGCGUCAAGAGUCUGAGCCAGCUGCAAGACAAGUUCGAGCAUCUUGAAAUGAUUCAACAGGAGGAGAUAAGGAAGCUUGAGGAAGAGAAAAAACAACUGGAAGGAGAAAUCGUAGAUUUUUAUAAAAUGAAAGCUGCCUCUGAAGCACUGCAGACUCAGCUGAGCACUGAUACAAAGAAAAACAUCAUGAUGAUUAUUCCCCACCUUCUAAGAGACAAAGACCAACGAGCCACCACAGCCACCAGUCCCAGAACCCGCCAAUGCUGGGGAACGGAAAAUGAGGGAGUUCAACUCUGGCCCUCACAAUCCAGUGGAGGAGACGAAACUCAUCUGCCUCUGUCCCUCUGGGCAUGCCUCAUGCCAGGUGCAUCUGUGGACAGGGGCCAUGCUCCUGGGCUUCCAAAGUUGGAGAAAGCUGCCAGGCUCAGGUCUGAAGGCCAGAAUUCUACAGUAAGUCCUACUGAGUCAAGGUGGGAGCAGGGUCGGUGGCUUCCGAGGCUCUGCGGGAGAAUCCGUUUCCUGGCCGUAGAGGUGGCCUGCACUCCUCAGCUUGUGCUGCCCGUCUCGAAUGACUGGAGUUUCCUGCUUCUGUUACUACACCUCCCACCCUCUCCAUCACCUGCUCUGCUCUUACAGCAGAGCUCUGCCCCUCAUUCCCUGGCCUCACUCACAAAUAGCCUUCACCCAGACAGCCUUCGCCCUGUGCACCGCGGCUGGGGCUGGAGGGGAGGCAAUGGCCGUCUCCCGUGUGUGCACUGGACGCCCGGAAUCUCAACAGCACUCACACUGGAACUUGAAGGUGCCCCGGGGAAACCCACGGAAGCACAGUGGUGCCUCUGGCUGCCUGGAGCCUACCCCAGUUCCUCCCUGGCAGUGAGAGAAAGCUGCAAUCACCCAUCAGCAGGCUUUAUUACAGAAAAGGAAACGCAAAUUGGGCCUCCCCUCCUGCUGGGAAGCAUGGGAACAUAAGGUCGAGGAAGAUGGAAGGGGGAACAAAGAGAAACACUGCAGACCGGCUGCAGCCAGAGGCUGCAGGUGCAGGGCUGAAACUGAAUCAUCGCCAUGCCAGCAGGAGUGGCCUGCCUGGAGUAACCCACCCUUCCAGGGAGCACAGGCUGGGUGCCCUCCCCAGGGCCCAGGCAGGCCCCUCCUCUGGGUCUUGGGGCCCCCGUAAGAGCAGGAGUUGGAGAGGGUGGGCUCCUCGCCUCCACUUUCUCUGUCCUGUUAGAAUUCUAAAGGGCGGGGCAUUUUCUGUGUUAGGGAAUGCUCCAGAAGACUUAUGUGACCUCAACUUCAGCUAAAUUUCUAAUAGGAAAAGUUGGUAAGCUAAACAAAACCCUAAGCCCCCUAAACAACUGAAAGGGGCCCCAGAGAAACCUGAAAAGCUGAGUUCCCAGCCUCGAUGGGAAGGGAGGUCCGCCACGCUUCAUUACGCUCCUUCCCUUUUGCAGCUUAGAUGCAACCAUGGACCAGCAUUAGAGGUCAUGGAGAUCUUAAGACUGACAGACAGACUCUGUGGCAAUAAGACACCAAAUUAUAAACAGGACCCAUGCAGGCAAGGGUAAAGUCACACCUGCAGGUCAUCAUCUUGCUACACAGCUUCCAAGUCUUAGACAGAACCUUCCUCCUCCAACCAAAUGCAAAUUAAAGAAUCUCUGAAUCCACCGAUGUCCUGUAAGCCCCAGCUUUUAGAUGUCCCUCCCUUUCAGCUCAAACCAAUGCCGACCUUCUGUGCAUGGCUGUAUGCCUUUGCCUGUAACUCCUGCCUCCCUGAAAUGUUAAAACCAAAGUGCGGCCGGGCGCGGUGACUCACGCCUCUCAUCCCAGCACUUUGGGAGGCCGAGGCAGGUGGAUCACCAGGUCAAGAGAUCGAGACCAUCCUGGCCAACACGGUGAAACCCUGUCUCUACUAAAAAUACAAAAAUUAGCCGGGCGUGGUGGCGGGUGCCUGUAGUCCCAGCUACUCGGGAGACUGAGGCAGGAGAAUCUCUUGAACCCGGGAGGCGGAGGUUGCAGUGAGCCGAGAUCGUGCCACUGCACUCCAGCCUGGUGACACAGCGAGACUCCAUCUCAAAAAAUUAAAAAAAAACUGCAACCCGACCUCAGGUCCUUUCUCAGGACUCCUUGGAGCCUGUCUCCCAGGCUGUGGUUACCCCUGUUGGCUCAGAAAUAACCUCUUUAAAAUAUUCUACGGAGUCUGGUUUUUCCAUCAGCAAGUUUUACUCUAAAGUGGACAUUGUUUUCCUUUCACAAAGGGCUGGGGCUUCCCAGAUGAUAAUGAAAAAAUUAAAUUUAAAUGUUAUUUAAAA